UCCCGGCUUAAGAGACCCCGGAGUGGGGCGCUCGCCCGAAGCCAGGCCGCGUCCGCCAUAGUGCCUGGCUUGGAGGUGUCGCCGACGCCUGGUGAGGGCCGGAGAUCGGCAGGGGGGCAAAACAAAAAAGGGAGCCAGCGCAGCCCUUGCCGCCGCCCGGCGAUUUCCGGGCUUCUUUCUUGUCGCGGUCCUGGGCCGAAAAGGCGACGAGAGCGAAAAGGCGAGAGACGCGUGGAGGAUCCGGCGAGAGGAAGCGUCAGGGAGCCUCGGCGGUGUCCCCGGGGUCCGCCCAAGCCACCCGGCCGCUGGCUGGGGCCCGGGGUGGUGAGGAAGCGCUUCGAGGCCUAGUUGAGGCCUAGUACCGGCUUUGUGUCUGAGGCGGCAGCGGCGGCGGCGGCGGCGGGGGGGAGGCGGAGCCGAGCCGGGGGCGGCCUGCGGGAAGGCCUCUCCUCCGCCGACCGCGCGUUUUCGGCCUAGGCCGCGGGGCCGCUCGAGGCCUCCGGGGAGCAGGCGCCAGGGGCUUGUGUGUGGUGGGGGCCUGGGCCUGGGGACGCCGACGCCGGUCGUCCGGAAGCCAGGAAGGCGAGAGGCCGCUCGUGGACUCCGGGCCUAGGCCCUCUCCCCCUCAACCUUCUCCCGGGGCCUGGGUCACCCCAAUCCAUCCACGGAAGGAGAGACCAACCGGGAGGUGCGGCCGCGCUAUGGACCCCUGACCCCUCGGGGCCAUCCGGACUCUAACGUGUGGACUGACCGCUACUGACUGCACCGCCUGCCCCCGCCCCCCGUCUCCUGCCGGCCCUUAGCAUGAGCGAGGGGGACCCAGCCGGGUGACAUUGUGCCCGUUGGCGGAUUCUCGAUUUCCCCUUUUCCCCGUCCUCGUCCUCCUCCUCCUCCUCCCACAUGAAGUGAUUCUGAGUUUCGGGGCGGGGGGGGUUCUGGAUUAUUGUUCUCACGAACCCCUGCUUGUGGUUGGGGGGGUAUUUAAUCUGAGGCCUCAGGGUCCUUCGGUGUCUCUUGAGUGUUCUGUGUGUGUACAUAUUUGCUCUUAAGUUGAUAAAUAUACAUAUAUUGAGAGUGUCCACGUCUCCUCGCUGAACCUUAGGAAUCCUUUGGCACCAUGUCGUGUGUGCAUUAUAAAUUUUCCUCUAAACUCAACUAUGACACCGUCACCUUUGAUGGGCUGCACAUCUCCCUCUGCGACUUAAAGAAGCAGAUAAUGGGGAGAGAGAAGCUGAAAGCCGCCGACUGCGAUCUACAGAUCACCAACGCGCAGACGAAAGAAGAAUAUACUGAUGAUAAUGCUCUAAUUCCUAAGAAUUCAUCUGUGAUUGUUAGAAGAAUUCCUAUUGGAGGAGUUAAAUCUACAAGCAAGACAUAUGUUAUAAGUCGAUCUGAGCCAGUCAUGGGAACUACAAAAGCAAUUGAUGACUCUUCUGCAUCUAUUUCACUGGCCCAGCUUACAAAGACUGCCAAUCUGGCUGAAGCCAAUGCUUCUGAAGAAGAUAAAAUUAAAGCAAUGAUGUCGCAAUCUGGCCAUGAAUACGACCCAAUCAAUUACAUGAAGAAACCUCUAGGUCCACCACCUCCAUCUUAUACUUGUUUCCGUUGUGGUAAACCUGGCCAUUACAUUAAGAAUUGCCCAACAAAUGGGGAUAAGAACUUUGAAUCAGGUCCUAGGAUUAAAAAGAGCACUGGAAUUCCCAGAAGUUUUAUGAUGGAAGUAAAAGAUCCUAACAUGAAAGGUGCAAUGCUUACCAACACUGGAAAAUACGCAAUACCAACUAUAGAUGCAGAAGCAUAUGCAAUUGGGAAGAAGGAAAAACCGCCCUUUUUACCAGAGGAACCAUCUUCUUCCUCAGAAGAAGAUGAUCCUAUCCCGGAUGAAUUGCUAUGUCUCAUCUGCAAAGACAUUAUGACUGAUGCCGUUGUCAUUCCCUGCUGUGGAAACAGUUACUGUGAUGAAUGUAUAAGAACAGCACUCUUGGAAUCAGAUGAACAUACAUGUCCAACGUGUCAUCAAAAUGAUGUCUCUCCUGAUGCGUUAAUUGCCAAUAAGUUUUUACGACAGGCUGUUAAUAACUUCAAAAAUGAAACUGGUUAUACAAAACGACUCCGAAAACAGUUACCUCCACCACCUCCACCAAUACCACCUCCGAGGCCACUCAUUCAGCGGAAUCUGCAACCUCUGAUGAGAUCUCCAAUAUCGAGACAGCAGGAUCCUCUGAUGAUUCCAGUGACGUCUUCAUCAGCUCAUCCAGCUUCCUCUAUGUCUUCACUAACUUCUAAUCAGUCCUCCUUGGCCCCUCCUGUGCCUGGAAAUCCAUCUUCUGCUCCCGCUCCUGUACCUGAUAUAACUGCAACUGUAUCCAUAUCAGUCCAUUCAGAAAAAUCAGAUGGACCUUUUCGGGAUUCUGAUAGUAAAAUGUUGCCAGCUGCAGCCCUGGCAUCAGAACACUCAAAGGGAACAUCCUCAAUUGCAAUCACUGCCCUUAUGGAAGAGAAGGGAUACCAGGUGCCUGUACUUGGAGCCCCAUCUUUGCUUGGACAGUCAUUACUACACGGACAGUUGAUCCCCACAACUGGUCCAGUAAGAAUAAAUACUGCUCGUCCAGGUGGUGGUCGACCAGGUUGGGAACAUUCCAACAAGCUUGGAUAUCUGGUUUCUCCACCACAGCAAAUUAGAAGAGGAGAGAGAAGCUGCUACAGAAGUAUAAACCGAGGGCGACACCACAGCGAGAGAUCACAGAGGACCCAAGGCCCAUCGCUUCCAGCCACGCCAGUCUUUGUGCCUGUUCCUCCACCUCCUCUGUAUCCACCUCCUCCCCACACACUUCCUCUCCCUCCAGGUGUUCCUCCUCCUCAGUUCUCUCCUCAGUUUCCUCCUGGCCAGCCACCACCUGCUGGGUACAGUGUCCCUCCGCCAGGGUUUCCUCCUGCUCCUGCCAAUUUAUCAACACCUUGGGUAUCAUCAGGAGUGCAGACAGCUCAUUCAAAUACCAUCCCAACAACACAAGCACCACCGCUGUCCAGGGAAGAAUUCUAUAGAGAGCAGCGGCGACUGAAAGAAGAGUCUAAAUCACCCUAUAGUGGUUCAUCAUAUUCAAGAAGUUCAUAUACUUACUCUAAAUCAAGAUCGGGUUCAACACGUUCACGCUCUUACUCUCGAUCAUUCAGCCGCUCGCAUUCUCGCUCCUAUUCACGAUCACCUCCAUACCCCAGAAGAGGGAGAGGGAAGAGUCGAAAUUACCGUUCACGAUCCAGAUCUCAUGGCUAUCAUCGAUCUAGGUCAAGAUCACCCCCAUACAGACGCUAUCAUUCACGAUCAAGAUCUCCUCAGGCGUUUAGGGGGCAGUCUCCCAGUAAGCGUGCUGUACCUCAGGGGGAGACAGAACGUGAAUAUUUUAAUAGGUACAGAGAAGUACCACCACCUUACGACAUAAAAGCUUAUUAUGGGAGGAAUAUUGACUUUAGAGACCCAUUUGAAAAAGACCGUUACCGAGAAUGGGAGAGAAAAUACCGAGAGUGGUACGAAAAAUAUUAUAAAGGUUAUGCUGCUGGAGCACAGCCUAGGCCCUCCGCAAACAGAGAGAACUUUUCUCCAGAGAGAUUUUUACCACUUAAUGUCAGGAAUUCCCCCUUCACUAGAGGCCGCAGAGAAGACUAUGUUGGUGGACAAAGUCAUAGAAGUCGAAAUAUAGGUGGCAGCUAUCCAGAAAAACUUUCAACAAGAGACAGUCACAAUCAGAAAGAUAAUACAAAGUCAAAAGAAAAGGAGAGUGAAAAUGCUGCAGGGGAUGGUAAAGGAAAUAAGCAUAAGAAACACAGAAAAAGAAGAAAAGGGGAAGAAAGUGAAGGCUUUCUGAACCCAGAGUUAUUAGAGACUUCUAGGAAAUCAAGAGAACCUACAGGUGUUGAAGAAAAUAAAACGGACUCGUUGUUUGUUCUCCCGAGUAGAGAUGAUGCUACACCUGUUAGAGAUGAACCAAUGGAUGCAGAAUCUAUCACUUUUAAGUCAGUUUCUGAGAAAGAAAAGAGAGAGAAAGAUAAACCGAAAGCAAAAGGUGACAAGACCAAACGGAAAAACGAUGGAUCUGCUGUAUCUAAAAAAGAAAAUAUUGUAAAGCCUUCUAAAGGACCUCAAGAAAAACUAGAUGGAGAGCGUGAAAAAUCUCCUCGACCUGAACCUCCACUUAAAAAAGCCAAAGAGGAGACCCCAAAGACUGACGUUGUGAAAUCAUCAUCAUCAUCAUCUCAGAAAGAUGAGAAGGUCAUUGGUACCCCCAGAAAAGCGCACUCUAAAUCUGCAAAAGAACACCAGGAGACAAAAUCAGUCAAAGAGGAAAAAGUAAAGAAGGACUAUUCCAAAGAUGUCAAAUCAGAAAAGCCAACUACUAAGGAAGAAAAGGCCAAAAAGCCUAGUGAGAAAAAUAAACUGCUUGAUAGCAAGGGAGAAAAAAGAAAAAGAAAAACAGAGGAAAAAGGUGUAGAUAAGGAUUUUGAGUGUUUUUCAGUGAAAGUCUCUAAACUAGAAGUAACUGAAAUAGUGAAACCAUCACCAAAGCGCAAACUGGAACCUGAUGUUGAAAAAAUGGACAGGACCCCUGAAAAGGACAAAGUUUCAUCAACAGCUCCAGCCAAAAAAAUCAAGCUCAACAGAGAAACUGGGAAAAAAAUUGGAAGUGCAGAAAAUACAUCUAAUACAAAAGAGCCCUCUGAAAAAUUGGAGUCAACAUCGAGCAAAGUGAAACAGGAAAAAAUCAAAGGAAAGGUCAGACGAAAAGUAACUGGAAACGAAGGGUCCAGUUCAACUCUUGUGGAUUAUACCAGUACAAGUUCAACUGGAGGCAGUCCUGUGCGGAAAUCUGAAGAAAAGACGGACACAAAGCGAACUGUCAUUAAAACUAUGGAGGAAUAUAACAACGACAACACAGCUCCUGCUGAAGAUGUCAUUAUUAUGAUUCAGGUUCCUCAGUCCAAGUGGGAUAAAGAUGAUUUUGAAUCUGAAGAAGAAGAUGUUAAAUCCACACAGCCUAUAUCAACUGUAGCAAAGCCUGCUAGUGUUAUAAAAAAUGUUAGUACUAAACCAUCAAACACAGUCAAGUAUACUGAGAAAGAGAGUGAGCCAUCAGAAAAAAUUCAGAAACUCACCAAGGAAGUCAGCCAUGAAGUGUUACCACAUGAGGUCAAAAGUUCAAAAAACUCUGCAUCUAGUGACAAAGGGAAAACCAAAGAUCGAGAUCAUUCAGUGUUAGAAAAGGAAAACCCUGAAAAGAGAAAGAACAGCACCCAACCAGAAAAGGAUAGUAAUUUGGAGCGUCUGGCUGAACAGGGAAAUCUUAAAAGUGUGUCUCAGUCUUCCAAAGAGACUAGAACUUCAGAUAAGCAUGAUUCCAUCCGUGGUUCCUCAAAUAAAGACUUCACUCCCAAUAGAGACAAGAAAACUGACUAUGACAACAGAGAGUAUUCAAGUUCCAAACGGAGAGAUGAAAGGAAUGAACUGACCAGAAGAAAAGAGUCUCCUUCUCGGAAUAAAGAUUCUUCAUCUGGACAGAAAAAUAAGCCGAGGGAGGAGAGAGAUUUGCCUAAAAAAGCAACAGGAGAGUCCAAAAAAAGUAAUUCUAGUCCCUCCAGAGACAAAAAACCUCAUGAUCACAAAGCCACUUAUGAUGUUAAACGCCCAAGUGAAGAGACAAAAUCUGUGGAUAAAAAUCCUUGUAAAGAUCGUGAGAAACAUAUAUUAGAAGCAAGAAACAAUAAAGAGUCAAGUGGCAAUAAAUUGCUUUAUUUUUUUAACCCACUAGAGACACAGAUUGAAAAAGAGCAAAUUACUGGGCAGGUUGACAAGAAUGCUGUCAAGCCGAAACCCCCAUUAAGUCAUUCCUCUAGACUUUCCUCUGACUUAACGAGAGAAACUGAUGAAGCUGCUUUUGAACCAGACUAUAAUGAAAGUGACAGUGAAAGUAAUGUAUCUGUGAAAGAGGAGGAAACUUCUGGAAACAUUGCUAAGGACCUAAAAGACAAAAUAAUGGAGAAAGCAAAAGAGAGCCUGGACACAGCAACUGUCAGCCAGGUGGGUGCAAGCAGGAGCCAGAGUCAAAGCAGUCCCAGCGUGAGUCCAAGUAGAAGUCACAGCCCUUCUGGAAGCCAGACCCGAAGCCACAGCAGCAGUGCCAGCUCAGCGGAAAGUCAGGACAGCAAGAAGAAGAAGAAAAAGAAGGAAAAGAAAAAGCACAAGAAACAUAAAAAGCAUAAGAAGCAUAAGAAACACGCAGGCACUGAAGCAGAAUUGGAAAAAAGCCAAAAACACAAACACAAGAAAAAGAAGUCAAAGAAGAGCAAAGAUAAAGAAAAGGAGAAGGAGAAAGAUGACCAAAAAGUGAAAUCUGUCACUGUGUAAAAGGACAGAUUUUAAAAAUUGACUUAAUUACUAAGUCAUCUGUAUUAAAUUUUGUUAUAAUGUAAAGAGAUUCAAGUCUUGUAAAUAAUGAUAUGGAAGACCCUGUGCUGCACUUAAAAUAUUGCUGCUUGAUUAUUUGAUUUUUACAUCAGAGCUUUAUAACACGAACUUUUGUACAGAAUUGUGAGUUGUGACCAUGUAACAUGAGAGGUUUUGCUAGGGCCUAUUAUUUUUAACCACCAUUAAUUAGUUGAGGUGGAGUUUACUGUACUGUGAAAUUUUCACAUUUGAAUUUUUUUAAUUGCCUGGCAAAAGCUGAUACCAGUUCUAAAAUAUCAGCAGAAUGAUUUGCUGAAUUCAUUACAACCCCGUUAUGUCACUUUUUGAUUACAAUAAAAGUUUUCAGGUAAACUU